UUCCUGCUCGGUCUGUACCUUUAUUUGCCUUUUCGGUUUUUGGUCGGUCAUUGCAAGAUCCUACUGAUUCUCGAUAGGGUUUUCGAACGUCGUGGAAAGUUUAUUAGGCAUGGUUGUGAUGGAGGAUGUAGGCGUUGAUAUCAGUUCGGAUAUUGACGUUUGUGAGAUUAGAGGAGAUGAUAAUUUAGAGGAAAAAGAUGUUAGUGACGAAGAAAUUGAAGCUGAAGAAUUAGAGAAGCGCAUGUGGAAGGACAGGGUGAAGCUCAAGAGGAUCAAGGAAAGAGAGAAGCUCUCUGCAAUACAGCAAGCUUCUGAGAGGCAGAAAGCCAAGUCUACUUCCGAUCAAGCACGUCGGAAGAAGAUGGCUCGAGCACAGGAUGGGAUUCUGAAGUACAUGCUGAAGCUCAUGGAAGUUUGCAAGGCUCGAGGGUUUGUGUACGGUAUCAUUCCCGAGAAGGGUAAGCCAGUCAGUGGUGCAUCAGAUAAUAUCAGAGCUUGGUGGAAGGAGAAGGUAAAGUUCGACAAAAAUGGACCUGCAGCGAUUGCCAAGUAUGAGGCUGAAUGCCUCUCGAAGGAAAGUGAAAGGGGCGGUACCAAAGGGAAUCCACAGAGUGUUCUUCAAGACUUGCAAGAUGCUACAUUGGGAUCGCUUCUGUCCUCAUUGAUGCAACAUUGUGAUCCACCUCAGCGGAAAUAUCCUCUGGAGAAGGGCAUCCCGCCACCCUGGUGGCCGACUGGGAAUGAGGAUUGGUGGACAGGUUUGGGUUUGUUAAAAGGUCAAGCACCGGUGUAUAAGAAGCCUCAUGAUCUGAAGAAGAUGUGGAAAGUCGGAGUUCUAACUGCUGUAAUCAAGCACAUGUCACCUGAUAUUGCAAAGAUAAGGAGACUAAUUCGGCAGUCAAAAUGUUUACAGGAUAAAAUGACUGCUAAAGAAAGCUUGAUAUGGUUAGGUGUUCUAAGCAGGGAGGAAGAGCUGAUUCGGCAACUGAGCAGUGAUAAUGGUUCGUCUAGCAUCAGUGAGGCGCCUUCAAAAGCUCGUAAAAGUAAAAAGAGAAAUCAUGCUGAGAGUGACAGUGAUUAUGAUGUUGAUGACAUUGAUAAUGGUUUGGGUUCUGUUUCAUCUAAAGAUGACAGGAGAAAGCAAUUUGCUGAUACAGUAUCUCCACCUCUGGUUUACGAUACACCAAAACUAGUUAAGGACAAAAAGCGCUCGGGAAAGUGCCACAAGAACAAGAAACAUGCGAAAUCAAGCCCUACUGAGAAACAUGCAGUUGCAUCUAUUGAGGAGCAACCUCACGAAGACACUGGAAAUUUGCUGAUUGAUAUAAAUGAUGAAAUUGUGCCGAUUGGUGGUUAUGUAGCUGAUGAAGCCCAAACAGAAACUGCGUCGAUGAGGCUUCAUGACAAUGCUGCACAACCUUGCUUAGUAGAACCUAACUUUGACCUUAUAUGCUCCUUUCCUCCAUUGAACUCAGCUCCUGUUGAUGCCGAACACUUGCCUUAUCCAUUGUCACAAAAUGCUGCUGCUGCAGUGCCCCAUGGUUCCCAUAUGAUACACGUUCCGCAAGAUCCUCUAUUACAUAAUAGGCCCCCGCUUUCUAAUGCCCAUGAAAAAGCUUCAAGUUCUGCUUUGCAUCAUAUAUCCCAAAAUAAUGUAUGGCAGCCUCAAUCGGCGGUUUCAAUUUUCCCUCAUCCUCAGCAAUCUCAAACUCCAGGCUUCCAGUAUGAACCAACGCAUCAUGGUUAUAAGCCAACAGCUGUUAUUGGUUCAAGUCAUCAAGGACAGCAGUCUGAGGUGCUCUUCAAUGGAAUGCAGUAUAGACCACCGGAAGAUUCAGGACUUGAUUUAUCAGUGUUGCCUAAAAAGGAUGUGCCGAUUGCCGGAGGAGGUUUCACACAAAUUGUAGAUACAUUUCCUCAUGAUGCAAUUCGGCCAGUGGAUUCGCAGUUUCCUUCUUCUCUUAGUAGUUUGCCUCCUGAUAUACCGGGAUACAGUUCACUUAGCCUUCAAUUUGAUGGCACGAGCUCGUUAGAUACUACCGACUUCGACUUUGUUCUUGACAACAAUACACUUGAUGAGAGCAACUUUGCUGAACUGAUGCAGUACUUCGCAUCAUGAUCUCUGUUGUCUCUUUAGUGGUUGAGGAAUUGAUUGAGGGGAUAGGAGAAAGUUCAUCUCAUUCCACCGGAUGAUCUUCAAAAGCUUAGCCAAAUGUUUCCCAGUCAGCAAGUAAUCUAUCCCGUGUAAUCUGUCUGUUUAGCUGCAAGUUUACUAGCUUUAUACUCAUUCUUUGGUCAAUGGUUGGCCCUAGUUUUGCAAAUUUAUCCACUUCAGUGCUGUGGCUGUAAAUAUGAUACUUUAGUGGGUUUUUAAGGGAGGUGUUAUACAGUGAUUCCGAAAUCAAUACACAGGCUUGUGAUUCUCCAGCGUAUGGUUCGUAUGGUAGAAAGGGACCAGCAUUGCUUCCUUAUAAUUAUGAAUCUUGUAUAACCACAAGAUGGCAGGACCUUUAUGCUAUUUUGUUUGUGAUUGUCC